AUGAGACGCCGCUCUCCGACCAGUGUACCAUCCGAGCAAAUGGAGAAGGGGACAGGAAAGAGUCAGAAUACAAGAAUCUGUUUCUUGGCCUCAUUGUCUGUGUUCUUCUGGAUGUUACUGUUGUACUUCCAUUUUGUUGUGCUUGGAGGUAGUACCGUAGAUCAAUCUGUCAAAUUACAGUUACAAGCCGGUCCUGUUUACACAGAAUUGAAGCCUACUCGUGUAACUAGUGAUCCUCAGAUAGAAAACCAAAACACUGAAUCGAAACCUAUCCAUGUAACCAGUGAUCAUCAGAUGGACAACCAAAACACUGUAUUGGCACCUACCCGUGUAACCGAUGAUCAUCAGGUGGACAACCAAAACACGGAAUCAACCCCUACCGUUGAGUCCCCUGCAAAAGCCAUCCAGAUUCAUGAAGCGGAGAAAUAUCCGUUCAUGAAAGCAUUGAGAACUGCUGAAAACAAGAAUGAUCCAUGUGGUGGGAGAUAUAUUUAUGUGCAUGACCUUCCCCCGAGGUUUAAUGAGGAUAUGCUGAAGGAGUGUAGGAGUUUAAGCCUUUGGACAAACAUGUGCAAGUUCACAACUAAUGCUGGACUUGGUCCUCCACUUGAGAAUGCUGAGGGGGUGUUUGGGGAUACGGGUUGGUAUGCCACGAAUCAGUUUGCCGUGGAUGUCAUAUUUACCAAUCGGAUGAAGCAAUAUGAGUGCUUGACAAAUGAUUCAUCUGUCGCAGCAGCUAUAUUUGUUCCCUUUUACGCCGGGUUUGACAUUGCCCGGUACCUUUGGGGAUUCAAUAUAUCAAGGAGGGAUGCGGCUUCACUCGAUCUGGUUGAUUGGCUUAUGAAGAGGCCAGAAUGGGGCAUUAUGGGUGGCAAAGACCAUUUUCUUGUUGCAGGAAGGAUAACAUGGGAUUUUAGGAGACUCUCAGAGGAAGAUUCAGAUUGGGGUAACAAGCUUCUCUUUUUACCAGCUGCUAAGAAUAUGUCCAUGCUUGUGGUCGAAUCUAGCCCAUGGAAUGCUAAUGAUUUUGGUAUUCCAUAUCCCACAUACUUCCAUCCAGCUAAAGAUGCUGAUGUUUUCAUCUGGCAGGAGCGCAUGAGAAGAUUAAAGCGUGAUUGGCUUUUCUCUUUUGCUGGUGCCCCACGUCCUGGCAAUCCCAAGUCGAUUAGGGGGCAGAUCAUUGAUCAAUGCAGGAAUUCAAAGGUUGGCAAGCUGUUGGAGUGUGAUUUUGGGGAAAGCAAGUGUCAUUCUCCAAGCAGUAUAAUGCAGAUGUUUCAGAGCUCCCUUUUCUGCCUGCAACCACAGGGCGAUUCGUACACACGGAGAUCUGCUUUCGAUUCAAUGUUGGCUGGUUGUAUACCUGUCUUCUUCCAUCCUGGGUCAGCAUACACACAAUAUACUUGGCAUCUCCCAAAAGAUUAUACAAAGUAUUCAGUGUUCAUCCCAGAAAAUGACAUUCGUAAGAGGAACGUUAGCAUUGAGGAAACGCUAAGAAGAAUUCCUCCUGAGCAGGUGAAGAAAAUGAGGGAGGAAGUUAUUAAACUUAUUCCAAGUCUGGUAUAUGCUGAUCCGCGCUCUAAGUUGGGGAUUUUUAAAGAUGCCUUUGAUGUUUCUGUACAAGCAAUUAUUAACAAAGUUACGAAGUUGAGGAUGGACAUCCUUGAAGGUCGUACAGAUGAUAACUUUAUUGAGGAAAACAGUUGGAAGUAUGCUUUGUUGGAGGAGGGGCAACGUGAGGUAGGACCUCAUGAAUGGGAUCCUUUCUUCUCGAAGCCAAAGGAUGGCGAGGGAGAUUCUGGUGGGACAUCUGCUGAAGCUGCAAAAAAUUCUUGGCAUAAUGAACAACGACAACAUCAAUCUUCAGGUAUGGGCUCUUGCUGGUUCCUUGUCAUGAACACUCAUCACAGAACUCACCAUCAAGAUAUCCAGAGACCCACAUUCUUGUUCAAAUCCAAAACAUACAAAUAG